AUGAGUCAAUUGAAAGAGCUCGAACUUGCAGAUGCUAAUUUCAGUGGACCUGUUCCUCCCCAACUUGGAAACCUCUCUAAUUUGCACACUCUUGAUCUUUCCUUCAAUGAUUUUGAAGGAAUGAUGAUUCCCAAAUUCAUUGGCUCUCUGAGUCAAUUGAAAGAACUCAAACUUGCAUCUGCUAAUUUCAGUGGACCUGUUCCUCCUCAACUUGGAAACCUCUCUAAUUUGCACACUCUUGAUCUUUCCUUCAAUGAUUUUGAAGGAAUGAUGAUUCCCAAAUUCAUUGGCUUUCUAAGUCAAUUGAAAGAGCUCGAACUUGCAGAUGCUAAUAUCAGUGGACCUGUUCCUCCCCAACUUGGAAACCUCUCUAAUUUGCACACUCUUGAUCUUUACGGUAACCAAGUUGUUAGUUCAGAAAAUCUUGAGUGGUUAUCUCAUCUUUCUUCCUUGAGAUACCUGAACAUGUCAUGGCUGAAUUUGUCUGAGGCUGUGAAUUGGCCAGAAUCUUUGAGCAAGCUCACUUUACUGACAGAGCUCGAGUUAUCCGACUGUAACAUUCCUGAUGUCAAUCCAAGAUCACUUGCCUUUAUUAAUUCUUCCACCUCUCUUCAACUCCUUGACCUCUCUUAUAACUCUCUGAAUUCUUCAAUAUUUUAUUGGAUAGCCAAUGUCAACAGCAACUUUGUCCAUAUAAUUCAUCUCACUUCCAACAAUCUUGAAGGUCCCAUCCCAGAUGUCUUCACAAGGAUGCUUUCUCUAGUAACACUAGAUCUGUCACAUAAUCAACUUGAAGGUGGGAUAUCAAAAGGCUUUCAAAACUUAUGCAGCUUAGAGUCGUUGACCUUACGGGCAAACCAAUUGUCUGAAAACAUUGGGGACUCUGUUAAAACCUUGUCUAUUGCUGAGAACACGCUUGAGACCUUGAACUUGAGAGAUAACCUGUUUUGGGGUCGCUGCCAGAUUUGUCACGUUUUCAAAGUUACGAGUGUUAUAUCUCGGUCUGUACCCGAGAUGUCGGGCAACUCUCUAGCCUUGAAACAUUAUUUCUCUCCGGAAUUCUUUGAGUGGUGUCAUAACAGAAGCCCACUUUUUGAACCUCUCUCGUUACAAUCUCUGGCCGUUUCUAAUAACCGUUUCUCUAUCAACCUGAGCUCUGAUUGGAAUCCACCAUUUCAACUUGAUUGGUUAGAGAUGUCCUCUUGCAAGUGGGCCCAGCUUUUCCCAAGUGGAUUCUAA